AUGGACACCAUGCAGAAGGAGCAGACCGAGUCGAUCCCCGAUCGGUUCAGUUUCUAUUCCUCCAAGACGAAACAGUCAACCACCUCCGCCACCUGGAAUGAUCUCUUCCCGGUCGGCCCCAAUGAGGAUCUUCCCUUGGAGAAGUACAAAACUCGACCAGAAGCCAGCCAUCCAAUCUGGUGGAUUGACGUGCGCGACGCCACCGAGGAAGACGUCGAGGCUGUGGCCCAGGCCUUGUCCAUCCAUCCCCUGACGGCGGAGGAUAUCGCCAUCCGCGAGCCACGGGAGAAGGUCGACGUGUUCAAGAACUACUACCUCAUCUCCUUCCAAACCCUCGUCGCCAGCAAAGUCAAAGAGGAUCGUCCGGGCAUCCCUGUCUCGGCGGCCUUGUACAUGCUCGUGUUCCAGUAUGGUGUGGUGACUUUCUCGCCCAGCGGCUGUGCACAUGUGAAACGGGCCAGAGAUCGAGUCAGCAAGAUGCACGACCCGUCCAUCUUGACCAGCGACUGGGUCUGCUAUGCAAUGAUUGACGACAUCAUCGAUAGCUUCGAGCCCUUUACCCGCGAGGCAGAGAAAGAGUCCGAGGCCAUCGAGGAUCAGGUCUUCAUUGCCCGCAUCGACGAUGCGCAAGCGCUGAUUCCGCAGGUGGAUGUUCUGCGGAAGAAGAUCACGCAUAUCAUUCGCUGUCUCCAUGGCAAGGUCGAUGUGUUGAAUGGGUUCGUCAAGAGAUGCCAGUCUCCAGAUAAGCAUUCUGUCUUUCCUGGUGGUGAUCUCCUGAUGUACCUUGGUGAUGUUCAGGAUCAUCUUGUCACCACUUUGUCGACACUCAGCCACAUUGAUGAAAUCAUUGGCCGGUCCCAGGCAAACUGUCUGGCUCAACUGAGCGCUACCAACUUGAGGCUGAGCCUGACUAUCAACUCUGGUCUGAGUAAGGUCACCUUGUUGGCAACUAUCUUUGUGCCAUGUCAUCUUGUCACGGGAAUGUGGGGAAUGAAUGUUGAGGUUCCUGGUCAGGACACGCCUGGGUUAGGCUGGUUCUUUGGUAUUGUGGGUGUAUUUGCCGCCUUCAUGGUCAUCUGUGUUGCCGCUGCCGCAAAGUACAAGUUGCUAUAG